AUGCCGAGCAUAUCACCUAACGUCAUCUCUCAUAGGCUCAGUAUUAAUCCUACCGUCCGACCCGUUCGGCAGAAGCGUCGUGCUUAUGCCCCGGAACGGUAUGAGGCCAUGAAGGCGGAGGUGGAUAAGCUGAGCACGAUUGGAUUCAUCAAAGAGGUGGAUUAUCCCACCUGGCUUGCCAAUGUGGUAAUGGUACGUAAACCAAGGAAGGGCUGGCGCAUGUGCAUAGACUACACAAAUCUCAACCAAGCCUGCCCAAAGGAUAGUUUCCCCUUACCCCGCAUUGACUAG